AUGACUUGGGACUACUAUACUAGACAAGGCUUAGACCUGGCCUCUACAGCAACAUCUUUUGGCUUUACUGCUGCCAAGACUGGCACAAGGCUUGGAUUUUCUGUAGCCAGGGGCAUUGCACAUACUGCCUUUGCGGUCACAGGAGCCGUAGUUGACCACACUCUUUUUCGAGGAAGCUCUAUCGCAAGCCCGGUGCUUGGUGGAGCAGUAACCACUGUGAUUUCCCUAGCCGAGCAGAUCACCCUGGCUCCCCUUCAUCUUGGAGAGUAUAUAACGACGACGUCUCUCCUCGCUGCACAUGGCUCCAUCAAUGUCUUGUCCGUAAUACUUCCUGGAAGCAGCGAAGCCUCGUUCUCCCUCGCUUCAUUCAUCACACUGGUAAAACGCGAAUGGAACAGCCCGACGAAUAGCGCCAGUCUUCCUACGACCCAGUUCGGCAUAAUCCAGGUGGCCAAAGCAAUUGUGGGCUGGGUCGCAUUGCAAGGUGUAACACAGGAAUGGCAAGAGAAGAGGUGGUUUAAAUCCCUGCGCGAGAUUAACGUCAACGACAAUCGCAGAUCUAUGAGCACCAUCAGACAGCGUCGAGGAUCCCGAAUACGAGUCACGUCCGAUCUGAUUUUCCCCGGAAACAGUGGUCAAAUUAUUGCUGCAGAUAUUGGUGACAUGCCAGCGCGCGCCUUCAACGCUUCCUCACGAUGGAAGCCAUCGGGUCGUAUACCAAACGAGCACCUGAAGACCACCCUUCGACGACUGUCGAAGCUAGUCCUUGCCGGAUACGGGGGCGCAAGUCUCCUGUUCUUUGGGGUCUCCCCCCACGCGGAUGCAGCGGAAUCGCCUGCACGUCCAGGGAAACGAGCCGACAAGGACUCCGAACAGUACCAACUCGCGCGCGCCAUCAACGCAUCUGAGGCCGAAGCAGCUGGCGAGCCCUCUGAGGUCGACGACGCCUCUGAGUCUGUCGGCGGCUCGAAGUACUCGUGGUGGGAUGUCCUCCUCGGCAAGCACGAUCACGAAAUCUUCGAACGUGCAGCGAACUCGAUGGACAGCGAGGCCAAAGCCAAAGCGCAGAUGCGCACAUCCGCCGUCAUCGGCCUGGAACAUCUCAUGCCAAGAUUCUGGGUUCUCACCGAUCAUGGGCGAAGUCAGAUCGUCCUUGUCUUGAGAGGGACCAUGUCACUGAAUGAAAUUGCUGUGGAUCUGACUUGCGACCCCGAAGAAUUUGAGCCAGCAAUUACGGUCCGUUUGGAGGGCGACGAAACCCCCGUUCCGGGACAGUAUAGCAUCCCGUUUCCAUCUGUCGCCCAGAACCGACCCACAUACCACGUUCACGGCGGCAUGCUGCGCAUGGCUCGGGCGAUGGGCGACAUCGGGAAACCAGUUCAGCUCGCAGUUCAGGAAGCCCUCUACAAGAACCCUGGCUACGAAUUAGUAUUAUGCGGCCACAGUUUGGGUGCCGGAGUGGCUGGGAUCUUGGGCAUGAUGUGGGCAGACCCUGAGACUUGCUUGACCGUCCGUUCUAGUGGUCUCCCCCUUGGCCGCAAAGUGUCCGUAUACUGCUUCGCUCCUCCGUGCCUCAUGGAUGCGAGCUUGAGUCGACUCGCAAACAAGAUCAUCGUGUCCUUUGUGUAUUCCCAUGAUAUAGUAUCACGGCUCUCUCUCGGUUCCGUUAGGGAUUUGAAGAACGCCGCAAUGUGGUUGUGCGAUGCAAAUGAGGCAAAGGGGGAGAAAGAAGAUGGCGCCGGGUAUGCUGGUGUCACCGCCCGAGCUCGUCGCUGGAAGGCGGGUGAAGGAUCUCCAGAUGAUCCCGAUUGGUUCGUCGCUGUCCGCAAGACACUCGAAGCCAAUAUGCAGAUGGCUGACUUAUACCCGCCUGGUCGAGUAUUGUGGGCACUAAGGGACAGCGACCUGCAUCCUUCCCAUCGGUCGCACCGGGGCACUGAUGAAAAGCUGAGGCUUUUCGAUGUACUCGACGUGGAGAAGGUAUUUUCGCAGAUAGUGUUCUCCAGAGACAUGCUCAGUGCACACAUGCCUCACCAGUACGACCGUGUCCUUCACGACCUUCUAUAA